AUGUUGCGAGUUCUUCCGAUCUUGGCAACUCUUGUCCCGCAGGCCCUGUCUGCCGCCGUUCCCUGGCUCCCAGCCUCCGACGACACCCUAACCCAGCUCCCUCUCGUCAUCUGGCACGGGCUCGGCGACGACUUUGAACGCAAGGAACUCCACGAAGUAGCUUCGCUCGCAGACUCGGUCAACCCCGGUACCUACGUUCACAUCAUCCGGCUUGCCGAAGAUGGAAGUGGUGAUCGCCAAGCAACCUUCUUCGGAAACGUCACCGAGCAGAUCGAGACAGUCUGCAGCCAACUCGCGUCAGAUCCGAUCCUGAGCACUGCGCCUGCUGUCAAUGCUCUUGGUUUCUCGCAAGGGGUGCACAACCUCGUCACGUUUGGUAGCCAGCACAACGGCAUUUCUGAGUUCCAGACCUGCAAGCUGGGCGACUGGCUCUGUAACGGAAUCGAGUCCCUGCUUCGCUCAGGUCGAUGGGCUGAUUUCGCACAGUCGCAUGUCGUUCCGGCUCAAUACUUCCGUGAUCCUGAAGAAAUGGAAGCUUACCUCGAGCACAGCAACUUCCUGGCUGAUAUCAACAACGAGCGCGAGCUGAAGAGCGUCGAAUACAAGAAACGCUUGGAGACAGUCAACACAUUUGCCAUGUUCAUGUUUGAUGAAGAUACUGUCGUCGUUCCCAAGGAGAGUGCCCUAUUUGCUGAGUUCAAUGCUACCGAUGGUACCGUGACUCCCCUUCAGGAAAGACAGAUCUACAAGGAGGACUGGCUCGGUCUGAAGAAGCUGGAUGAACAGGGCAAGCUCCACUUUAAGUCUGUACCGGGUCAGCAUAUGCAAUUGACCGAGCAGGUCCUGAAGAAAACCUUUGGAGAUUAUUUCGGUCCCAUUGAGACCUCGCAGCCGGAUAUCGCCUUGCCUGGACUGGUCGCACAGCCUAUUUGA